AUGCUUGAAUCCCAUAUAGGUCCUGUUUAUGAUAUUUGUUCAGUUGAAUUUGUUCCUGGCUCAGUCUGGAGACCUUUAUCAAAGCUGGAUAAGAGGGAAUGUCUAGCAACUGCGUUGCAGUGGCAUAUAGAAGAGCUUGUGGAUGGCAUUGUGUUCAAAGACAGUGAACUACCAGACAGUCUUCUAGCAGAUGGAUGUCUUACUGAAGACGAAUGUGCAGAUGUGAGAAAACAGCUUGAUCGCAAAGACCAAGUACGUUUCCUUCUCAGUAUAAUAAAAGGGCGAGACUUUGAUGUUCUAAAGCGAUUUCUAAAGCAUCUGAAGUCUCACAAUCCAACUGUGGCUAAGAGUAUAGAUGAAACAUUCAAACAGAAUAAGAAACGCGGCAUGAAGAGUUCCAAAUGUGCCCUCUGCAAACUAUUUCAAGUGAAUAUAGAGUAUGUUGUUGAUAUUCUAUGGAAAAAUAAUCUCAUAGAUGACAGUUUAUAUAAUUUGAUCGUUCGAACAGAUAAACCAAAUGUGGAUCCGAGCUAUCUCUGGAAUUGUGUGAUAGAGUCUUUGAAUAAAUGUUGUGACAAAGAUUCAUCACACGUUCGUCGCAUAAUUGGAAAUGCAUUGACAAAGAAACAUCACUAUCAUCACAUAGCAAAAAGUAUUGAAUGGAUGAUAAAUACAGAUAGAGCCCUAAGGUGUCGUUGUUCGUUGCGACAUAAUUAUGACAAUACUUUUCUUUCAUUGGGGUCUCUUGUAUCGUCAAGGUCACCAAAAUCCUCGGAAUCUGAAUUACGUAGGUAUUCACAAAGUGACUUAAGUCUUUCUACCACCGCUGAGAUAGGAAGCUUUGAAGAAGCUCAAAGGGGAAGUACACCACAACCAUAUGAAGUAAAGGCAUGUGAAGAAAAGCAAAAUUGGCUGAUAUCUUCGAUUGAGGCUGUAUCUGCAGAAACACAUAAAAACCAAAAGACCCCUACAGAUACCACACAUGAAGACACAGUUGACAAUGGUCAAGAAACUCAAGAUGUUCUGACAUGUAAGACCGGACAGGAUAACACAGACACAAAAUAUCCUGCCGAAUCAUUGACAACAACGGAGUCACACGAAGACACCUAUCUUGGAAAUGUGCAUGGUAUGCAAAAUAGUAGUCAAAAAUAUACGCAUGAACAGGAAGAAAGUAUAAAAACAAAAUAUACUGCAGAACAAAAUCAGUCAUCACCGGUGAAAGGCUCUGUUAUUGCAAAUAAGCAAGUUAAGACAUCUAAGACUGACCAAGAGAAUACUGAAACAAAUUAUUUUGUUAAAAGAGAACCUCAUACAGGUAGAACGCAUGAAAAUAAUGUUCAUGGCAAUGGCCAGGAAACGCAAAAUGAUUUCACAUCUAAAAGUGAACCGGAGAGUACAGAAAUAAAAUGUCAUGAAAAAAAGAAAUCACUUACAUCGGCGAAACAGGACAACAUCAAUGACGAAAAUGAGCAAGAAACACAAAAUGGUAUUACAUCUAAGACUGAACAGGACAAUACAAAAAUAGAAUGUUUUGAAAAAACAGAAACCUGAAUCAACGAAGAACCGUGAAGAAAUGUCUGUUGAAAAUAUGAUAGAAACGCAAAGUGGUCCGACUUCUAACACUGAACAGAUAAAUAUUGAGAUAAAACAACCUUAUACACGGAAACCACCCACUCCUAUAGAGAGACUUACCGUAAAACAACUUGUGAGCAUGUAUAACAAAAUAUAAAUUGUUUAGAAACUGAGCAGUUUAAAUCAGUUACUAAAAGGGUUUAAAACACUUCUGAAAAACUUAUAUAAUGUUUUUAAGCUGUUUAAUGUGCUUUUAAUUUUAGAAAAAAUUGUUAUUUAUGUACUCAUUACAAUAAUAACUACAAUACAUUUUACUUUUCCUAGUAAGGCGGUGUAAACAAAAUCAACAAACAUUUUGGUGAAGGCUGCUUGUAUUAUAGUUUCAUAAUACGUACAGGGACGUAAAAAGUAUGGUUUUACUAUGCAUUAUUUAGCGACUUUUAGGUCUUCCCCUUUUUAAUUUUUAUAUGCUUUCAUACUAGUCUUACUUAUGUUUUGAGUCACUGUGGUACAUUUUUGCAAUGGAUUUUAUUCCGCAGAACAAACUAAGUCACACACAACGUCAUCAGCAGUUUAUAUCGAAUCUAUUGUCUGUCUCUUUCCGUUUGUUGAAUGGCAUUAAUGUCUGUUCCGUGUGAAUUUUCUCAGAUUUUCUCUAAAACAGGCAAAUUCUUAAAUUUACAUUACUUCAAUAAAUUACUUAAGCAGAAACUUCUUUAUCACACGUUAUAAAUUAUCUGAUAUUUUAUCUAAUUUUACAUAGAAAGUAAUUAUGCCAAUGCAGUCUAUUUUUUUACUAAUCAGCAGACACACAUAAAAGUCUCGCAAAUUCCUUAGAAAAAAAUGUUUGUUGAACCUAUUUUUAUAGGUUCUUAUAACUUAUUGGUCUGUGAUAUUCACGCAUAUUUGUGAAGUCGCAAAACCAUAUGACACUUCGUCAGAUCAGGAAUAUAACCAUUAUACACUUAUCUUACUCUGUUCUUUGUACUUAAUGUAACAUUUGUACAGAAAAAGGUGAAAUAUGACAUUUUAUAACAACCUUCAAUAAUUUUCCUAACCUGGCAUUAAUAAGUCAAGUAAGCAAAAUGUUGCACAUCAUGCAUUUACAGAUAAUCUCUGGCUGUUAAAUGACAUAAAAAGCAAUAACAUGGCUUGGUUACAUAUUCAAGCCUUCUAAUUGACUUACACAAUGUUUACGACAUCGGCUUUUCAAAUGAUGGAAGCUUGUGAAGCGUAAUCCUAAGUUAUUUGUAUAAUGUAAUAAUUUCAAUUUUCUCAUAUUUUAGAGUAAAAUAAAAAUUAUAUUUGGGGUCAAUGAGUCUGUUCUAUGUAUUUGUAGGGAUACCGCAUGUUUCUUAAUGUUAUAACACCUUCAAAAUACUGAGGGAUUGAUUGGUGUCCGAGCCCUGUAGGGCGAGAGUUCCAACGUUUCACCGAGAGAUUCUGAGAAUGUUAUAACACGAAGUGAACAUGCGUGCUGUCCUAGCAUUAAACGUAUAAAAAACUAAUACAUGAAUAUGUUGUCCCUCAAUGUCAUUAAAUUUCCCCGAAAUGCGCGAGAAUGAUUGCUUUGUUUUUUUUCACGCUGACAUCAUUUUCUCUUGAAUUAUCCGUUUUAGGGUCGUAAUACGUUUACGCAUUGCGACGGAACGCACAUAUGUAAAAAGGUCUUUUAACAGCACUUGAGCGCGAAAAACUCUUUGUUAACAUACGUCUUCUCUCAUGUUAAAACACGCACGAAAGUGACACGAACACGAGUUUUAUGAAUGUAUAAUAGAUUUUUGCUUAAGCCGGGGCAAAGCGAGAGGAGUGUUGUAUAGUCUGAAUCAAACAGAGUUAGCUCUUGUCUUCUUGAUUGCAAUCUAUGCAUCACAAGGAUCUUCUUAUAGAUAUUUGGAGUCUUUACCUGCACAGAAUAUUCAGCAAUGUACUAUUUUUAACAUGCGGACGAAAAAUAAGCUAUCACAGGUUUAUUUGGACUUACUGGAUUUCAUUCAAAGGAUUGAUUGUGCAGCAUUUUAAGUAGUAUAUAUUCUUUGCCUGACGAAUAACACUUUCAAGCAUAGGUUCCUUUGGUACCACUACCUCUUUUGAGAAGCCGUUUGUGCAUCUUGUAAAGUGGAGAUUUUCAUAUGUUGAGGAGAACCGUCCGAUACUGAUGUCUUUAGUGUUAUUUGAUGGUUAAGACCUGGGGACUGAGGAAUGUCGUCUUCAAGACAAUUGUCGACACAUGGGGGUAUUUUUUGAGAACAAUGGCAGAAAAAUAGAAAAGUAGAAAUUAAAUAUGUUUUGACUGGCGUUAGACGCCUUAUCUUAAUACUAAGAAAUGUUACAAAUAAUGCACUGUUAAUAUAGUUUUCGUUCAGUUUGCACAAUUAUGCAUUUCAAAUUAUUGGUAUGCAUACAUCCAUUGUUACUUUUCUCUGUAGUGAAGUUUAAAAUCUAUAUCUUUAUUAAUCGAUCCAAGGAUUUUCGUGAUUUUCGAUUUUUUUUAAAUUACACAUCUGUUGUAUAUAUAAACAUAACUGUGGUGUUCUGUCUUGUGUUAUUUUGUUUGUUCAUCGAUUGUUGAUUGAUUUAAAGAGCUAUUGGCUUCCCAAGUCUAUUUUUAGUAUUUAUUUGCCUACUUGGUAUUUACCAUUUGUUCAAUACAUAGAUACUUCUAACUUCCUUUCCUAAUAAUGUACGUGUUUUCAUACAAUUACGUUGUAAACAAACGAACUGGCUGGAAAGUAUGGAUAAUCCAAUUAUAUAUUUUAUAAGUACCUAUAUUUUAUUUUAUAAGAAAACGCUUUCAUGGCCUCUGAAAUUAAAUUCUUAGGUGACAUUUAAAUCAUCAUAAACGUUUCUAUAAAAGUACUGUUACCAGCAUAUUAGAUUUAAUUAAGAGUUAUACGGUGCGGAUUUUAUUUUAACAAACUGUUCUUGGAAAUUGCUAUUAGUGCUUAUUCAAAGUGUUUUGUGUGGAUUAAACUUGAAGGAACUUUAUUAAAGCUACAGCACAAGGAUCAGUGAAAAUCACUCAGUAGUCAGAUAUCAUUAUUCUUGAACUUUGGGUCAUGCAUUAAUUUUGCUUUUUAAAUAAAAUUACAUUGUAUUCUGUAAACUUCUUUAGAUGCAUUUGUAAUUGUUUAAAACUUGUUGCUGGCUUUUCGUUUUGAAGGAGUAGUAGUAGAAACGUCAUGUUUUUAAUAUAUCUUUAAUAAUUUUAAAUUUAUAAUAAAAUGUACGUUUUCCUGUGUAGAAUCCUGGUCAAUGAAAUGUUUCGAAACUGCGUAACUCAUUCAAGGGAAAAUGUUGCAUUUUAUGCUAAGAAAAUAUCCUGAGGUUGGUUUUUUCGAUCCAUUCACGAAUAAAUCCAAAAUUUGCGUUUAAAAUAUUGUGAUGUCCAAAACAGUUGAAAUUUACAAUAAAGAAUUCCCUAUCGGAUCGUCCUUUGAAGGUAUAUUAGAAAUUAAUGAAGAAAUAUUGAACAUUUCAUAAGGUGUCCAGAUUUCUUUACUAGUGAUGUAUGAUAAGAAUAGAUCUUAUUAUACUUUACGUGAAAUCUUGGAGGAAAUCAACGGGGAAAAAAAUGGUCAAUUUUUGCAAAAUAUCUCCGUAAGUUUAUAAGUAAUUGUUAUGUUUAUGUCAUUCCCCCUUUAGGCUUUACUUUAUUGAUGACCCUUUGUUUACUGACCUUGUCUUGAGACAUCAUGUAAAUAAGUUUUUUUAUAUUCUAUGGUGUUUCAGAAUGUUCUACCAAGAUACUGAUAAACAGGAUGUGACGAUUAUUUUCAAACUCUGUAUUGUGGAUUUAAAAAUAGUUUUGAAGAGAGGAUUUCUAUUCUUUGGACAUACUGAAUUCAGCUUGGAUUUGUGAAUAAUUUGGAGUUAUUACUGUUUGGAUUUAAAUUUGAAUAGGACAGGAAUUGGACUUUUCAUGCAUAUUAAAUUAGACUUUGCAGUUAGUUACAUUGAGAGAGAUCUUCAGCAAAGUUUGAUGAGAGGGAAUGUCUUGAAACGCGCUGCAAUGGCAUGUGGAAGAGCUCGUAGAUGGCAUUGUGUUCAAGGACAGCGAAUUACCAGACAAUCUUCUGGCAGAUGGUUGUCUUACAGAGGACGAAUGUGCGGGUGUAAGGAAAAGGCUUGAUCGCAAAGACCAAGUACGUGUCCUUCUCAGCAUUAUAAAAGGGAGAGAUUUUGAUGUUAUGAAUAGGUUUCUGAAGCACCUGAAAUCUCAGAAUGAAAAUGUUGCUAUGGCAAUAGCAGGUAAAUUCGAACAAAAUAAAAAAGAUGGAGUGAAAUGCAUUAAAUGCGUCCAUUGCAAACUACUUUCUCAGGUGAAUCUGAAGUAUAUCGUUGAUGAUUUGUGGAGAUUUAAUCUUAUAGACGACGGUUUAUUCAAUUUGAUCAUUGACACGGAUAGGCCAGCGGGUGCUCAGGUCGAUCUUUGGUAUGAGGUUGUCAAUUCUCUUAAUAGGAUAUGUGAACAAAGACCAUCAUAUGUCAGAGACAUUCUUGGAAAAGCUUUAACAAAGAAGCACCAUUACCAUCACUUGGAAAAAGGCGUUGCUUGGAUGAUCAGUAAUUAUGGAGGACUGUGAUGUGGUUGUGAAAGCCUGAAUAGUCUUUUUCAAACAAGAGAAUCUUUGUCGUUAAACUCAUCGUCCGUGUCCCCGAGAUCCUUGAGAUCUGAGUUUGCUGCAGAUACCCAAAGCGACAUCAGCUCCAUGAUGAACCAAACAGAGAUCGUAUCAGUACAUACAAUACGUAAGACGCCCGAAAAAGCCUUAGAGUUUACGAAAGAAAAGGGUCCCGUUCAAGUACAAAUGCAACACGAUGGCAUUAUGCCUGGACAAAGUGGCACCGGUAGGAAGGCACCGAGACCAAGCAAGCCAGAAUCUUCUCCAGUAAUCUACUUGAGACCUAGCACUGAGAGACAAAAUGUGCUCUUUAAAUACGAACUGGAAGCGUCAGAUGUAUAAAUAAAUCAUUUAGCAGUAGCAUAAACUAGUCUAGGCUCUAUAUAAAAAGAACAUACUAAUGAAAACUAGGCUAAUUAGGUGCUCUGUAGAAGUGUAAUGGAGCAUCUUUCUGUCAGUGCGUAACAAUUAUCAAAUUAGACUGAGAUAAUGCGGCAUUACAAUAAUUAGUUUAAUUUCGCAUUAAUCAGGAACAUUUCAAAGUUGCUUACCAACUUUUGCGUGGCUGAUUUUGUUACUGUCGGGUGAAUCACCGUGCAUGUACAUUUAAAGAACCAUACAUAUAAUAGAUAUCCUACUGAAACAUAUUAGUAUAUGGUAGGCAAAGACAAGAAACAUUUGGUGUAAAGCAACAAAAUAAGUAAUAAAUUCUUUUGAAGAAAUGAAAAGAAAUUACAAACAAACUUUUAUUUUCUGUACAUUUUAAUUAUUCCAUUGUUAUGCUAUCGACACACCGUUAACCCUUAAUGGAAUUGUUUUCAGGUUUGUAUUAUUUAAUUAUGUUUUGAAAUUUUAUAAACCUAUACAUUUUUGUAACGUUUUUCCCAUAAAUUUUUAAACAGACAAAACACAACCAAUUACAGAGACAAUUGUAGAGAUGGUACCUACCCAAGAAAAUCUAAGGGAACAACUCUGAAUUGACCAAUAAACUGAAGCCAACAUAAAACAUUGGUCAUAAAUGAAAGAAAAAUCAAAUAGGUCCUUUUAACAACAACUGAUCAGGAAGACAGAAUAUGAACUACAUUUGUUUCAAUCUCAUUGUAUUCAAUAUACAAUAUGCACUUUUCUCAUGGCUUACACUUACAGUUAUUUUAUAAGUUGUAGUAUUAGGCCCUGAUAGAAAGUUUUAUGGUGCAUGAAAAUAAAGUAAAAUAAUGCAUAAAUUCCAUUAAAGAAAUUUUACGACAUUAAGAAACGUUAUUAAGAAUUUGAUCUUUAAGCCAAAGUUAUGUAUUGUUCCCAAUGAUGAUACAUUUGCUUACUCAAAAUUUAUAUACUAAAUUUUAAAAACAUAAAAUGUAUAUGCCCAACAAUGAAAAAUUACAAAAAAGUUUAAUUGGUAUCACGUUUGUGUAACAACGUAGCCAGACUGGUUAUAUUCGACAUUUCAAUCGAUCAUUUUGGAAUUGUUUCUUAUGUUUUAGUCAUUUUGAAGAAUUUUCUCAUGCUUAUCAGGUGUACUUUGCUGCAAAUAAUGUAACACAAAAAGUCAUUAUCAUCAUAUGAAAUCACAACAUUUUAAGGUAGUGAUUGUAAGUACAUUUUAAGGCAGCGAUAGUUAAUGACUCUGCAAUGUAUUUUUAGCAAUUCAACAUUUUCUGGAUGAAACUCUCACGAUCAUUGUUUUCCAUGAAAAUCGAUUAAAUGCUGAAAAAGCAUAAUAUUAUGGAGAUUACUUUCAAAUUGAUGAUUUUCGUUACUGGUCAACUACCCUUAAAAAACUACAAGGUGUUUAUUUAUUCUUGUAAACAAGGUAAGCGGGUAACUUCAGAUAUCAGCAUUAAUUUACAACUAAAACUGCUUACACAACCUGAAAAAAAGAUUUUGUUAGGGCCUCUCAUUUAUAAUAUAUCAACAAUUAUCACCUGAAUUGAGUGCUUUCAUGAAUGAAAAAUAUUGAUGGCAAAAUGAUGUAGGGGUUUGUUUACAUUAUAAAAUCUUUAAUAUCUUCUUUCAGGUACAUUUUUGGUAUGGUUUUGGUAAGCUUAUAAUAAAGAGCAUGUCAUUCUCUUUAACUCAGAUUUUUUUCAUUAGUGUUAGACUCUUGGCUAGUCUUGGAUUUUGACUUUAUUAAGACAAAAGGAAGUUCAGUAUAGGCUCUUUCAAAGUGUUGAAAGUAGACUAAACUUAAACUCUAUUCUAUUGAAUUCAUGUAGAUUUAAUACAGACUAUAAUUGGGGAUGUCCUAAAACCAUUGAAAAACGGUCAAUACAAGAGUUGUCCAUUUUGCUUCAGAUAUUUUGAGAAAGCCAUUUUUUAAAUAUCAAAUAUUUCUAAAUAUCUUUAGUAAUUUGGUACACUUAGCUAUCACUUCACUCUGUAAAACAUAUGUAAAGAUGAGUUUGAAUUUUUAGGUACCAUUUCUAAUAAUUGUAUAUUAUUUUUUCUGCAUAUCCCUCGUUUGUAUAUUUCAAACUUUAGCAUAUUGAUAACUAGUAAAUAUUGUGCUGUCUUGGAUUUUUUAGUAGCAAAAAGCAAACCUUUGACGAUUUUAGAACCGUAUUGCAUCCGUUGUUUUGUACAUGCAUACUGUAGUCAUUGUCUGGUGAAGAUACUAUGUUAUUUGUCUAUGCUUAUUCUAAGGCACAUAUCGUUUACCGCCAGGUGUCACUAUAGUUUUCAAUCACACAGGCGCUGAUAUUUUAACAGUGCAAUAAAGCUUAAUAAAAAUGGGAUAUUCGUAGUCUCUCUGCGGCUGAUAGGUUUGAACUGUAUCAGUUUUUUAUAUUUUUGAUACUCACAAAUCAUAUAAAAUUUACUAUUAAUGAAUAAUUCAGUUGUUAAAUGUCUUGUUAUUUUCAUGUUAACUAACUUUUAUGUAAUUCUUUUAUUAUUUCUCAAAAAAACUUGCAUUUGUGUAAGACUUGUUUAUAUUAUAAUUACUUUUUUAGCUUGUGGUUGUAAAUAACGACAACAGUUGUCGCAUGGUACCUGCCAAGUACCAGUAUUGUAUCUUUUUUCAGAAUACGGUCAAGGGGAGAUCAGAAAUUGUGAAAUGAAUGAAAUCUGUUGGAAAAUGUUUUAUAUAUAACACAAGAAAGAAGGAAACUUAAUUCAUUACAAAUUGCUAUACCUAUUUCAUAAACCUGUAGAAUAAUCUAGCCGUUAGUUUUUAGGAUAUUACAGAUAUAUCAUGCUUAUUUUUAGUGCAAAAAAAACAUAUACAUGUAUUACUAUCCUGAACAAAAUAAAAAUAUUUUCUAUAGAGUACAGAUUCAGUCUGAUUUCUUUAACAAAAAAUAUCAAAGAACUUCACACCUAAGUCCUUUAGAUUUCCAUUCUGAUUUUACAAGCAUAUGCUCUGUGUAAGAUUUUCUUUGUGAUUUGCAAAUAACGACAACUGUUGUCACUAGUAGAUAUUCAUCACGUACUAUCACGUUAUAUGCAUCAACUUUCAAGUUUACAAUCAAAGGGAGAUAAAACAUGGUAAAAUAUAUAAAAAAUUUCGGAACUUAUACAAUGUACCUCAGAUUGAUCCUGUUUAUAUGCUUUACUUUACAUAAUCUGGUAAUUUGUCUCUAAUGUUAGAGCCUUUCUCCACGGGGAGUUAUUCUUAUUGCACUCUUUUUGUUUAACUUGUUGAAAGUGGGGUAAGUGCAAAGUUCUCAUGCCCCAAACGCAUUUCAACCUCAAGUUUCCUUUAUACCCCAGUCACACAUACGACGCAGAUAGCUACGUCUAGCCACGGAUAUAAACGUAGUAAUCCGUAUCUAUCCUUACCUAAGCCGUACCUCAAAGUAGUAAUCCGUAUCAAUUCGUACCAAUCCGUACGGCUCUGGUACGAAUCGAUACGGAUUACUACGUUUCUAUCCGUAGCCGUAUGUGUGACUGGGGUAUUAUAUAGGUUUACUGACCGUUCCAAGGCGGUGCUACUAUUUUCUACUUGCUUUUAUAUCGCAUUAUAUGCUAUGUAUAUUGUCUUGCAUGUUGGUGGUGUUUCUUUCCUUACUGAAUCAAUCCCGCAAUCACUUUGACGACCCCUCUCCUUUUUUACUAUGAAUGAAUGAAUGGGUUGGGUUUUACGGCGAAUCGACACAAAAAGGUCAUAUAUCGCCGAGAAAAAGUUAAAUGGAUUACGUUAAUUGCAAAGCAUAUAUAAAACUAUUAAAGUAAAAGUGUAUAUACAUAUAUAGUGUAAAAAAUCAAUUGCAAACAUUAAAAGGUAUAAAAGUUGUGAAUAAAAAUCAAAUAAG